CCACACUGCUAAACUUAUGCCUGACCCUAACCUUAAAUUAAGACCAAAAAAAAUAAUAUUUGUAGCCAAUUUUGACUGUGGAAUCUGACGGAUGUAUAAUACAAACUAGAAACCGGUGGGUGGGGGUUGUCAAACUUGGAUUACCGUACUUCACGACUAUGCCUUGCCCAGUUUCCCGGCCCGCUUCAACUCAGUUCCUGUAACUUUAGCUAGCGACGCAUCCAGGUUCAAGGACCUGGGAUGGCGGAGAAGAGCCCUGACUCCAGCGGCUCAGUUGACCAGUGUCCCGCCCUGUCUCCGGAACAGAGAAUGCAGUCACCUGGGAUCGGGGCAUCCAAAUGGGUCCGUCUGAAUGUCGGUGGGACAUACUUUCUCACAACGAGGCAAACGUUGUGCCGAGACUCAAAAUCGUUCCUGUACCGUCUGUGCCAGGCCGACCCCGACCUCGACUCUGACAAGGAUGAAACGGGUGCCUAUUUGAUAGACCGGGACCCAACGUACUUUGGUCCAGUGCUCAACUACCUGAGGCAUGGAAAACUGGUGCUCAAUAGAGGCCUUGCCGAGGAAGGUGUACUUGAAGAGGCUGAAUUCUACAAUAUCCCUUCUUUGAUCAGGCUAAUUAAAGACAAAAUCAGGGAGAGGGACUGCAAAACAGUUCAGCUCCCUAUAAAACAUGUCUACAGAGUCUUGCAGUGCCAAGAAGAGGAGCUAACACAAAUGGUUUCCACCAUGUCAGAUGGUUGGAAGUUUGAGCAGUUGGUCAGUAUUGGCUCCUCAUAUAACUAUGGAAACGAAGACCAGGCAGAGUUCCUGUGUGUUGUCUCUAAGGAGCUACAUAACCAAUCAUACGGCACAAGCAGUGAACCAAGUGAAAAGGCCAAGGGAGUCCUCAUGUCUGGUAUAGCCUUAAGUCGUCUUGCACAAGAAAGGAAGGCCUGGAGGAAAGACCAUCCUUUUGGGUUUGUUGCUGUGCCAACAAAAAACCCAGAUGGAACAAUGAACUUGAUGAAUUGGGAGUGUGCCAUCCCUGGAAAGAAGGGGACCCCAUGGGAGGGGGGCUUGUUUAAACUCCGAAUGCUCUUCAAGGAUGACUAUCCUUCUUCACCUCCCAAGUGCAAAUUUGAGCCCCCUUUGUUCCAUCCAAAUGUAUAUCCCUCUGGUACAGUCUGUCUAUCAAUUUUAGAGGAGGACAAAGACUGGAGGCCAGCCAUCACUAUCAAACAAAUAUUGUUAGGAAUCCAAGAGCUCCUAAAUGAACCAAAUAUCCAGGAUCCUGCACAAGCUGAGGCGUAUACAAUUUACUGCCAAAACAGAGUGGAAUAUGAAAAAAGGGUUCGAGCACAAGCCAAAAAGUUUUCUCCAUAAAGCUUCAAGACUACGCAAGAUUGAAAUUGGUUUGCUGAGGAUUUUGUCUCUGCCCCCUUUUUGUCUGCCUCCAACUAUGUCCAUUGUUCACCUAUUUCCUGCUGGACUGUUUUAAAACUGAAUGUGUGCCAUUUCUGUCCAUCACCCGCAUACUGAUGCACCCCUUUGCUUUUUUUUGACUCGGAAGUCCUGGAUUUGAAGGUGGACUAUGCCUCCACCACAAAGGAUUUUCCGUACUCCAACUGUGGUAUUUUUUUUUCAAGAGCUCACGCUUGUCAGAAAAGACUAUGAAAUGGGAGUCACUUCUGUUGAUUUUUUUUAUUUUUUAUUAAUGUAUUCAAUGUUAGAAUUAUUUUGCCUACGUUCUGAUAAAGAUAUAGAAAAACAGGCCUCGAUGAACCCAUUCAAAGGUAGUUUAGUGUAUCUGCAUCAGACUCUGUUAAGUUGUUUUGGUCCAAAUAUUUAGGUUUAAAUAAAAUGUUUGUACCAAGUAAGUGUUAAUACAUGUAGAUGGACUCAGUUCCAUCUUUCCCAAUGCAUUGUGUUGCCAGUUGAAUGCUUGUUACUCUUGAAGGCUGACUUUGGGUAAAAAUAACAGUUUUAGGUGUACUUGAUCAAAUCACAAUCUUUCACGGUCAUUUAAUGCUUAAACAAAUGGUUGAAUAAGAGCUAUGGUUACAGAAGUGCCAUUUAUCAAUUGCUUCUGUCCAAAAAAAACACAUUUUGUCAAAUGACAAUACAUACUCGACGAGUUAUUUAGCUCGUUGAAGUCGGCAGUUUACAUAAACUUAACACGGAGCCCAAACCGGCUGCGCGUGCGCCAUCGUGCAUUCAUUUAUUUUGUCCCCCUACAUCAAACACGAUCACGACACGCAGGUUAAAAUAUCAAAACGACCUCUGAACCAAUUACAUUAAUUUGGGAACAGGUCAAAAAGCAUAAAACAAUUAUGGCAAUUUAACUAGUAAGCCUGCACUUGCUAGCUAAUUUGUCCUAUUUAGCUAGCUUGCUGUUGCUAGCUAAUUUGUCCUUGGAUAUAAACAUUUUACCAGAAAUUCACACGGUCCUCUACUGUGACAAUUAACCCACACACAAGAUGGUCAACUGACUUGUUUCUAGUCGUCUCUCCUCCCAGGCUUUUUCAUCUUUGUAUUUAUAUGGUGAUUGGCAUCUAAACUUUCAUAGUAUUACUACACUGACCGGCAACACAGUUUGUCUUUCAAUCACCCAUGUGGGUAUAACCAAUGAGGAGAUGGCAUGUGGGUACCUGCUUCAUGAAACCAAUGAGAUGGGACAGGUGUAACCGAUGUGAAACGGCUAGCUUAGUUAGCGGUGCGCGCUAGAUAGCGUUUCAAUCGGUUACGUCACUUGCUCUGAGACCUUGAAGUUCCCCUUGCUCUGCAAGGGCCGUGGCUUUUGUGGAGCGAUGGGUAACGAUGCUUCGAGGGUGACUGUUGUCGAUGUGUGCAGAGGGUCCCUGGUUCGUGCCCGGGUAUGGGCGAGGGGACGGACGUAAAGUUAUUCUGUUACACAGGCAGGACUUGCAGCGUGAUCUGCGUCGGAAAUAGAAAGGAGUUCUAACGCAGACGCGCAUCAAUGAGCGUGAGCAGUGUGGGUGCAAUAAUUGAAUAACAGAUUUCUACAUUUCUUUUGCGAGCAGUGUGAUCAACCUAUUAGGUAGGAGUCAUUUAAACUAGUUUUUCAACCACUCCACAAAUUUCUUAAUUUUGGCACGUCGGUUAGGACAUCUACUUUGUUCAUGACACAAGUCAUUUUUCCAACAAUUGUUUACAGAGACUAUUUCACUUAUUCACUAUCACAAUUCCAGAGGGUCGGAAGUUUACAUGCACUAGGUUGACUGCCUUUAAACAGCUUGGAAAAUUCCUGAAAAUCAUGUCAUGGCUUUAGAAGCUUCUGAUAGGCAAAUUGACAUCAUUUGAGUCAAUUGGAGGUGUACCUGUGGAUGUAUUUCAAGGCCUACCUCUGUGCCUCUUUGCUUGACAUCAUGGGGAAAUCAGCGAAGACCGCAGGAAAAAGAAUUGUAGACCACAAGUUUGAUUCAAUCUUGGGAGCAAUUUCCAAACACCUGAAGGUACCACGUUCACUUGUACAAACAAUAGUAUGCCAGUAUAAACACCAUGGGACCAUGCAGCCAUCAUACCGCUCAGGAAGAAGAUGCGUUCUGUCUCCUAGAGAUGAAUGUACUUUGGUGUGAAAAGUGCAAAUCAUUCCCAGAACAACAGCAAAGGACCCUGUGAAGAUGCUGGAGGAAACGGUACAAAAGUAUCUAUAUCCACAGUAAAACAAGUCCUACAUCGACAUAACCUGAAAACCCGCUCAGCAAGGAAGAAGUCACUGCUCCAAAACUGCCAUAAAAAAAGCCAAACUACGGUUUGCAACUGAACAUGGGGACAAAGAUCAUAUUAUUUUGGAGAGAUGUCCUCUGGUCCGAUGAAACAAAAAUAGAACUGUUUGGCCAUAAUGACAAUCAUUAUGUUUGGAGGAAAAAGGGGGAGGCUUGCAAGCCGAAGAACACUGGGAAUGUGAUGAAAGAAAUAAAAGCUGAAAUAAAUCAUUCUCUACUAUUAUUCUGACAUUUCACAUUCUUAAAAUAAAGUGGUGAUCCUAACUGACCUAAAAUGGAAUUAUUACUAGGAUAAAAUGUCAGGAAUUGUGAAAACCAGAGUUUAAAUGUAUUUGGCUAAGGUGUAUGUAAACUUCCGACUUCAACUGUACAUCGGUCUCUGCACGCAUGAACAGAAUGAACCACUAAAAGCACACCCCAUUUCUGUUUGAAAAUGGAGAGUGCGGAGGAGUUGGACUGUUUGUCGUGCCCAAAGUCUACCUUUAAUGCUGAUUGUGCACAGUAAGGAUACUGGAUUAUAUUAGUAAUAGGUUUUGGGUGAUUGUCAGGACCGUUCAAACGAGACUGUACCUAUGAGACAAUCGAGUAACCCUACAUAAGGGAUCCUUUUAAGGGAGGAUGUAAUGGGUUUAUAGAUCCUGGCGGCCCGUGAUUUGUUGUUUUUGUUUUAGAUCCUUUUUUUUGCACAUAAGAAUUAAACACCAACAAAUCAGU